AUGUCGACCUCACAGACUCCAGCCUCCUGGGAGACGACAGGAGAGAGGUACCGAAGUCCAGCCAAUCAGGUGCCGUUCACUGCUGAAUUUAAAAAGAUGCAGGCGACGUGUAGUCCACGCUUCGGUGCUUUGAGUCAUCACUCCUUCUUCUCCAGACACAACCCGCAUCCACAUAGGGUGAGACAUAUCCAAGGACUCAAUGGGAGGCCCGUUUGCAUGGUUAGAGAUGAUUGGUACGUCACGUCGUCAUUAUUUCCUCAUCCGCUUCUGAAGAGCCACAUCCUCAGGAAAGCAGCCGAUCCAUCGUUUGCUUUUCCGCCUGCUCAGAAUCGUUUCGGAGUCAGAAGCGACAACAGCAAAUCAGCGCUAUUUUCUGAAGCCUGGAGGGAUGAACUUAAAGAACUCGCUGCAAGAGUCAGUUUGUCUUCUCAAGCACAAAAGGACAAAGCGCAGGAGCAACCAGAGGAAGAAUUUGUCCGCCGAAAGACUCAGUAUUCAGCUGAAACUGGGAGAAUCAUCCCUCCAUCCACCAAGUCCUACCAACGCAGAUCCCAUUCCCAGCGCCUGGUCUAUCCUCAGCCCUUCCAUGAUCAAGAGCUCAUGGUGUUGGAGCUGCUGUGCCAGAUCCUGCAGACAGAUUCCCUGUCCACAGUCCAGCAGUGGCUUCUGCUUGCAGGCCAAAGAGAGAAAGACCUGGUGAUGGGGAUGAUCAGAAAAGCUCUGGAUGGUGUCGACCCCUCGGGACAUCAGCAGCAGCUCCAGGCUCUUCAUCCUGGUGCAUGUCCACCAGUCUGUGGCCCAUCGUUCAACCAGCCGUGGAGAAAACCGCAGAGAAUGAGGUCUGGAUGA